GGUGAGUCACAUGUUCCUUGCAGAAAGCAAGAGACGGAAUUAAAAGGAAAGCAAUUUUACGGUCAACCCCAGAACUCUUGGUUUAAAAUCUGAAAAUGACCAAAAACACUAAUAUUCGAAUCAGUCUUCCAGCCGUUUGCGUUGUCUGGCAGAUUGCUAUGAUCAUCUUGUUUGGUGUGUUCAUCCGUUAUGAUGAGGAGUCUGAUGCCCACUGGAUUGAACAUAUGAAAGAGGAAAACAUUUCUAGUCAUAUGGAGAAUGACUUUUACUAUAGAUACCCAAGCUUUCAGGAUGUGCAUGUAAUGAUCUUUGUCGGUUUUGGAUUUCUCAUGACUUUUCUGAAGCGCUAUAGUUUUGGUGCAGUCGGCUUCAACUUCCUCAUUGCGGCCUUCGGGAUUCAGUGGGCUCUGUUGAUGCAGGGCUGGUUUCAUUCUUUUGACAAAGAAGACUGGAAGAUAAAAAUUGGGAUUGAGAACCUCAUCAAUGCAGACUUUUGUGUAGCUGGCUGUCUUAUUGCGUAUGGUGCUUUACUGGGAAAGGUCAGUCCAGUGCAGUUAAUGGUUCUUACACUGUUUGGAGUCACUUUGUUCGCAGUCGAGGAGUAUAUCAUUCUUGAACUCCUACAUGUGAAAGAUGCAGGUGGUUCCAUGGUCAUCCAUACUUUUGGAGCAUAUUAUGGUUUGACCAUAUCUUGGGUUCUCUAUCGACCAAAUCUAUUUCAAAGCAAGCGAUUACAAGGGUCGGUUUACCACUCUGACGUAUUUGCAAUAAUUGGCACCCUCUUCCUUUGGAUGUUUUGGCCCAGUUUUAAUUCCGCCAUUGCAGAUCAUGGAGAUGGUCAACACAGAGCAGCUAUAAACACUUAUCUUGCACUGGCUGCAUCAGUUCUUACUACUUUUGCUAUUUCAAGUUUUUCACAGAAACAUGGAAAACUUGACAUGGUUCAUAUUCAAAAUGCUACCUUGGCUGGUGGUGUUGCAAUGGGGACUGUUUCAGAGUUUAUGAUUACACCAUAUGGUUCCCUAAUAGUGGGAUUCUGUACAGGCAUCAUUUCCACAUUUGGAUACUGGUUUCUGACUCCUUUCAUGGAAAAAACUCUUAAGAUCCAGGACACGUGUGGUAUUCAUAAUCUGCAUGCAAUGCCUGGAGUUUUAGGAGGGAUUGUUGGAGCAAUAACAGCUGCUGCUGCCUCUGAAUCAGUUUAUGGACGUGAGGGGUUGAUUAACACUUUCGAUUUUAAAGAGGCUACUGCUAACAGAACGGUCAAUGUUCAGGGGGGUUACCAGGCCGCUGGUCUUUGUGUAGCAAUAGCUUUUGGACUCAUAGGUGGCGCUUUGGUUGGGGGGAUUCUAAAGCUGCCAAUCUGGGGAGACCCAGCAGAUGCCAACUGCUUUGAGGAUGAGGUUUACUGGGAGCUUCCAGAUGAUGAAGGUGACAACAUCUCUGUCUCCGUACACUCAAACAUAAACCAUGUGAGAAGUAUGCCACCAGAAUUAUAUGAACGAAACAAUCAAUAGAAAAGAGACCUGAACACCAAACAAACAAACUUCAGCUUUGACGAACCAUGAAGGCUCUAACAAGCUGAUUUCAAUGGAAAUUUUCAGUCAUGUGCUGCAGGUUAAGUAAUGUCAUUAUUCAAAACCACCAAUCACACCUGACAAGCCUGUUUAACCAUUGCUUUUUACGAAGACAAAUCCAAGCAGACAUCUUCUUGUUUUUAUUUUCACUUAAAAAUUUUAACAUUCCAAGUUGAUCUGAGAGCUCCUCAAAAUGUGAAGACAUCUAACUUAUCAGUGUUUAAUGUCUGUUAUGUCUUAAAAGUAUAAUUAUCUGAUACCUUUACCUGUCUGACAUUCAAGGGGUGGUGCAACGGUGUGUCAUGCAUUCUGACUUCUUUACAAUGUUAAACGUGCUGUCUUCUCAUGCUUAACAUGUUCAACUUGUCAAAAAAUGAGUUGGGCAUAUUACGUAGUAUUUCUGUCCUCGAUACACUCCCCCAGCGAUCGUACAGGUUUCGAAAAGUUUUUUUCGAACAUAUAAAACUGUUUUGUAACAAAUUUUCUUAGUCAAACUAAAUACUCUUCGAAGAUACGAAGUAUGCAAUACUACUCUAUAGGUACUCAAGAUUAAUAUGAGAUUGGCAGAAACCGCGUGUGUUAGGGCCGUUUUAAUAGAGCUUCUUUUUAUUACUAUAGCUUAGGUUAUUAUUUAUGUUAACAGUUGAUGUCAAUAGUUUUAAAAUUAAAUCAAAGAAUUACUUCUUAGUGAAAUAGACAGACUCAGCCUUAAAAUAGUCCCUCAUGCUACUCAAAGUGCUUUGCUUAAAUAAAUAGUCAUGAAGUCAUUGAUGGCCAGACAUUUAAAUAAAUGUGCUACCAUAUAUUUUUUGCUGCACAUGGACAACCGUUAUUUAGCUCGUCAUUUAACACAUCACUCUGUCAGAAAAGCCUGAUUUAUGAUUUAUUUUUAAUCAAAAAACCUACUAAAUGUAGUCCUAAAUUGUUUUUUGUUUUUGUCCUAGUAUCUGUUUUCAUAAUGUGAAUCAAUGCUUUGUGCAGACAUGUUAAUAAUUGACAUAUUUGCUUCAAUGUUUGCUUACUGGCACCUGAUAUGCCAAGAACAUCUAAAACUCAUUUUGAGUUUAUUAUACAUCCUGUUUAAAUCUCUUUUUUUUCAUCAUUUGCAUUGUAUUUAUUGUAUUUCUUUAGAGGUCUGGGGUUUUUCAUGUCACUACAUGUUUUAACUUUGUUAACAGCUUAAUAAUAAAUAUUAAAGGACAUUUUAUUCUAUGUUAUAUAAAUGCCAAAACAUCAGUUUAAUAUCAGUUAAAUAAAUUACUGGUCACAUACUGUGCAACUGAACAUAUGAUAUUGCAUAUUGCACAUUGCAUUCACUCUUCACAUCAAUUAUUUUACAGUGGAAGAAGCAGUAUGAAAGUGCUUUCCUUGCAUUUGUAUUUUUCCACAUACAGUGAGAACUUAUUCUGUGUGUUUAGUUUUAUGUCCUUUGCAUUGUGGUAACCUAUUAGUGGAGAUGCCAGUGGUUUCAGCCACAGUGGAAAGGUCACAGAAAUAACAGUGUGAUCAUAGCCUCUCCAGCACUGAUGGUCUGUCGUCGGUUCAACGAGUUAAAUAAAAACAUGUAUGUGUAUGUGGAGAGCCAUAUUAAGUGCACCACAGAUGUAUAGAUACGAUAUAAUUUUGCAUUAUACUAAUGUAUUAUGACAUCCGUCCCCAUUAAGAUAAGCAGUCCAUAACUGUUUAGACAUUUUUUGUAAAAUUUUGUAACAUUUUAGUAAAGUGGAAAUAAAUACACAUACAUUUCUGAGAUUAUUUGCUGUACCAGAUUCAACAUGUAAGAAAAUUGCAGAAUCCACUAAGUUGAUAGGAGACUCUAAUUUUUAAGUAAUGAACCAAAGUACUAGCAAUUAAAAGUACACCAUAAAUGUAAUCAACUAAAAUAAAUAAAAAUAAAAAACAGAAAGCCAAACUGAACAGAACAUACUGACUAGAGUUUAAGUAUAACAAUAUCUCUUUGUAAUAGAUGACAUGGUUCUCAUAACCACAUGAUUAAUUAACAUUAAACAGGAUUUCUAAAAAUGAUGUUGACUCGAAUAUAUGCAAUCAAUAUUGGACAAACAGUGAAGUUUUUACACAUUUUCCCUCAAGAAAAGUGUCAGUUUUUACUUAAAUCUAUUUCUGUAUAGCCACAUACUGUACCUUAAUCGGUUGGCAUCAUACUUUUUCCUUAUUAUUGUCAAUCACUAGACAAGCAGGUUUUGUAACUGGACUUUUGCCACAGUAACUUUUAAUAUGAAGAUAUCUUUCCUGAGAUAACCCCCUUACACAGCUGUUCGAUAUUUGUUCCAUGCAAAGCUAUUUAAGGAUGAUCCGUCUUUUGUUCUACCUGCUUAUGCAAGUCACAAUGAGACAUGACUGUGGUCUCUGGUUUUGUAACUGUUGAUAGAAAAGUGGAUUACGUGAACAAAAGUCACUGCGGAUGGUUGAGGAUGCUUUGUUUAUUUUAUUGUACAGGUAUCUGUCAGAACACAAAGUGAAUACCGUGUCACCAAAAUAUGCAAACCCAUCAACCAAAGAGCCACAACAGAGAGCACGGCAGUUAAUGCAUUAGCCACAAGAAAGACAGUAUAUUUUGUACUGUACAUGUGCUAGAAGUGUCAAUAAAAGGAGCUAGUUCAAUAUUGUUAUUCCCAUGCUGGUAAAACAAAAUCCCAUGCACCUGCAUUUCGAAGUUAGCCUUGUAAUGUUUUAGAGGUCUUUCAGUAACUGUGAGUGAAACACUGGUCUCAAAGCAGUGGUCCAGGGGACGACUGCAACCCAGCUGUGUUUAUAAAUGAGGAGCAUCCAUCUGAGCCUCUUUCUUCUGGCAAAGGAGAACAAUGAGCAUGAUAGAGAGAGAGCUCCACGCUGUGGUGAGAAUUCAGCAUGCACUAAAUUACACUCUUCCCCUUAAUGAGGAAAAUGCUUUUUGUAGGAACAUGAUUUAUUUCUGUUAUAUUGCUGAAUCCAAGCAUUGUGUGACGUAAGUUUAGCAUAAAUGUAAACUAUGUGAAUUAUAUAUUGUUUAUUUGUACUUGUUUAUUUUGAAAGAAAGGGUUUGUGUCUGUAUAUGCAUUAAAUUGAUUAGAAAAAGUGUUGCCAUAACUAUAAGGAAUAAUUAACAACGGACUAGACCACUUGGCAAGAUGUAAACACUGGUCCAGCAGUACUUCCGGUUUAAUUUUUUUUAAUCUCACAAAUAAUUAAAUCCUAAACAUAUUUGUUUAACAUUUUGAUUAAGAUAUGAAUCUUCUGUUUCUUAUAUUUUGUUCAAACGUUUGUUCAGUGGUAAAAAACUGAAACAGGGAGUUCUUCUGAACCAGCGUUGUUUACGUUUUCCAAAGUGGUCUACAUGAAAAAGAUAAAAUAUCACUCUGUUCCAGACUUUAAUGCUGUUCUAGUCAACAACCAUUUUGUUUAUUCACGUAAGAUUACAGCUUUAACUUCUUGAAUUAUUUUCAUUAAACAUGUUAAUCAUUUGUGUUCUUAAUAUG